AUGAGGGACAGUGUCCCAAAGAGUAUUUGUUGAUGGAACGUCACUUGCGAGCCCAAUCCUCUCUACAGCUGCAUGCCCAGCAGCCAGACUGAUGAGGGUGACAACAGUUCGCCUGGUCGACCUAUUCCUGUGGACGAGCUACACCCACGAUUGGCCAGGGAGCCGAGCAGUCAGCUGCCUUUGAAUGUGUUCAACAAUUACUUCUCCCUUGGAGCAGAUGCAGCUGCAGCUCUUGAAUUCCAUGAGUCCAGGGGUGAGAAGAUCGAAUAA